AUGAAGUCCACUGGAAUCUACCUGACAUUCGAUGGCAACUGUGCCGAUGCGUUUGCGCAUUACUCGACGGUCUUUCAAAAGAAACUCGGGACCAACAUGACCAACGGUGACUCUCCGAUGAAGGACAAAAUGCCCAAGGAACUCCAUGACAAGAUUAUGCAUUGCAGUUUGGAUAUUGGGAUGGGCGACAAAUUCCAAUUGAUGGGAAGUGAUCGCAAUCCCAUGAUGCACAAGGAACCCUUCCAAUUGGGAAACAAUACCCAAAUCUCAUUGACGCCGCACACCAAGCAGGAAACCGAUCGAUUGUUCCAGGAAUUGACGAGUGGAGGUGGAAAAGUACUCAUGCCCUUGGCCAAACAGUUCUGGGGAUCCUACUUUGGAUCUUUGGUGGACAAAUUUGGGAUUCAGUGGAUGUUUGAAUUCCCAUUGAAUGCGGAUGACAACAACAAGGAAGAAACGAAACAGCAAGACGAUGGUAGCAACAGCAAACACAAACUGGGAGAGGAGGGUGACGACAAAAAGGACAACGAAGACGAACCCGUUGCCAAAAAGGCAAAGAAAUGA